GAAGAUCUUCCUCGCCUUUGCUCUCUCCGCCGCUGCUGCUGCUACCUCGGAUCGUAUCAACGUCAACGCCAACCUGGGGAAGAGAUCGCCUCUUCUCGAGGAUCGGUCCAUCAUCUGCAGGAACCCAGGUUGGAUUCCUGCUUGUCCUGGUAUGUACACACAUAUACAUGUAUACAUUCGAGAGACCUUCUGACAUCUCGUACAGUCGGCAUCCCAUGCAUCCCGCCCGGCGGCAUCUGCUGCUCGGAUGGAAUCCACUACGCGAUGCCGCCGGACACCUGCCCUGAUGGCACGGAGCCCGUGGCGACGGCGAUUCCGGGGUCGGACUCGAGCUCGACGUCGACUUUGACAACUACUUUGACUUCGACUUCCACUUCCACUUCUAUUUCUACUUGGACUUCGACCUCGACUUCGACUUCAAUCACCACACCGUCACCAACUACCGUAUCCUCCACUCCGGUGUACACGCCAUCCACUCCGUCAGUGAAACCAUCAUCUACUCCGGCCUCUAGUGCGUCUGUGUCCUUCAUCAAGACCCCGACUCCAUCUACCUCUUCUCCGCCUCUCUUCACGGGCGCAGCGUCCUCGCUGAGGGCAGGUGCUGUGAUGGCUGGAAUGGGGGCUGCGAUUAUGGCUCCCGCCGUGCUAGCGGUAUUCUGA